AUGGCCAUUGGCCGAAGAGUCGAGUGCUCCGCUCGACUCCGCUGCCGCCGGACCAGCCGCAGGUUUACAGCUCGCGUGGCCACCGGCCCACCGGCCCGCCGGUCAGAACGGACCGGCUGGUCGGGGUCAUUGAAGCGUGAAGAGAGCGCCGGUCCACGGCCAUAUUUUUCGUCUGUCACUAUCUGUUUCACACUAACGGCAGAUCAUACAUUUGUGAAAUGUAUUCAGCCGACUUCGUCCGGUCGACGAACGACUGCCACUUCACGUUUCACACAAUCACAUGGACAGGCCUAA